AUGGAGACCUCACAGAGUAUACCAUUCGAAAAGCAGCCCGAAGUCCAAGGUCCCUCGACCAUCGAAGAAGAAACCGAGGCACUCGAGGGAUACGUAGUGGAUACCAGUCGCUAUGCAGACAACGCGGCCAGUCUCAAGACCAGCUCUGACGGUCGCUAUGUGCUCAUACCUCAACCGUCGGAUUCUUCCCACGAUCCGCUAAACUGGACAGAUUCCAAGAAGCGGAGGAUAAUCGCCACCGUCGCGUAUAUAUCGAUGUUAGCUGAUUAUACGGGCGGCACUGCAAUCAUGACCGUUCUUCCUCAAGCUGUGGAAUGGAAACUGCCACAACAAACUGUCCAAAAGGCCGUGGUCGGGAAUCUAUUUUCGAUUGGUGCGUGUGGCUUCUUCGUCGUGGCAUUCGCUAGCUAUUUUGGUCGAUGGCCCGUGAUAUUCGCGUUUCAAUGCAUCAUGGUAGGGACCUGUGUCUGGUGUGCCACAGCCACUAGUUUCUCAUCUUACCUGGGGUCUCGAAUCAUUAAUGGGCUCUUCUGCAGCGCUGGGCAAGGUGGCGGAUUGAUGUGGGUGAAAGACAUGUUCUUUUUCCAUGAACACCCUCAGGUCAUCAACUACGUCGAGUUUUCCAUCGUCCUCAGCCCCUACCUCGGCCCUUUGAUUACUUCAUUCAUUGUGUAUGGGGUGAGCUGGCGAUGGGCUUUCUGGGUAUGCACCAUCCUGUCUGGUGUUGGCCUAAUUCUUGUUCUAUUCAUGGAUGAGACGCUUUUCAACCGAAAGGAUAUAGCAGUGCGUCGCGGAUCUUGUUUAUCUCGUCUCAUUAGAGCCCGCACAACCCGGCGACAACCCAAGAGCUUCACACGGUGUAUGAUGCGGCCAGUUGUGGCAAUUACCAAGGUUCCUGUUCUCGUCAUCAUGAUUUACUACUUCCUCAACUCUGCGUGGGUCGUGGGCGUCAAUACCACCAUAGGCAUUUGGUUGUCCGACAUAUAUGGAUUCUCUACAAAAGCAAUCGGAUACUUUUAUUUCUUCGGCAUUGUCGGUGUCAUGAUCGGCUGGUUCAGCGGCCAUUUCCUCCACGAUGCCGUGGGACGCUACUAUAUCAAGCGGCACGCUGGACGACUCGACCCUGAAGCUCGGCUCAUCAUCGCGUACCCAGCAACGAUGAUCGCAUGCAUCAGUCUUAUUGUGUUGGGAUUUGCGUUCGAGAAGCGCUGGCAUUAUAUGGUGAUUGCUGUCUUCACCUCAACGCAAUGCAUUGGGGUCAUGAUCGUGACAACCGCCAUCAACGCGUAUCUGCUUGACUGCUAUCCGGAAGGAUCGGGAGAAGUUGGCGCAUGGGUAGCAGCAAGUCGGAACUGGGCCGGCUUUAUGGCAACUUACAUCCAGCUUGAGUGGGUGCAAUCUGUGGGGGCAGCGAGGGCAUUGGGCAUUCAAGCUGCCAUCACUGUUGCAUCGUUGUUCCUUAUGAUGGUUCUGCAGGUCUAUGGGAAGCGACUUCGGCAGUGGCAGGGUCGAAUGGUAUUCAGCAAACCAUAG